AUGGGGAAUGCAGCAGUUUCUUGUGCUCCAUUAAUCAUAUUCCCAAGCAGUCCAGGAGGAGCAGCAAAAGUUUUAACUUUGGAUGGAAGAAUGGAAGUUUUCACAAGGCAAGUAAAAGCAGCAGAGCUAAUGGUAGAGAAUCCAGGCCAGUUUUUGUGCGAGUCUACCACCCUCAAAGUAGGCAACAGAAUCCACGGCCUCACCGCCGACAAACCGCUGGAAAGACGGCGGCUUUACUUCCUCCUCCCCAUGGACCUCCUCUACUCAGUGCUAACACAUGAGGAACUCAGCUCCCUAGCUUACAAGGCUUCAAAGGCACUCAAGAACAGUAGAGGCUUCAAGAAUUUCAGCAGGAUUUUUCCGGUUUUCGGAGAUUUUCGCUUGUUUAAUGUUUCGGAAUCCAAGAGACUGGAUUGUGAUGAUUAUGUAAUAAUUAGUGUUACUUCAAACAAUAAUCCAGAGCCAGUAAUAUUAUUGGAGAGGUACUCAAAGCAAAGAUCAUGGAAGCCUGCCUUGGAGACCAUUGAUGAGACUCCUUGCACACAUUGA